UGAUAGUGUGCACUCGUGGGUGAAUGACAUGCACUGGGCCAUUCUCUUCAUUCGAAGGUGUUGAAUGCUUUUUAUAGGUAGUGAAAGGAAGGUUUUGGUAUGCAGAAGCGGUCUGCCUGUAACUUAUGGAUAUUUAAAACUUAAUGAAGAUUUGUCACUCAAUGCCGUGUCACUCACUCUUAAGAAGUCAGUAAAGGUGUUUCUUUGAGGUGAUAUGCUGUUCCACUGUUUGUCAGAAGAGAUUUGUGACAGAAAAAUUCAAGGAGAGGUCAAAGAGUUCAUCACUGUGUUGGACUGACGCACUCUGACAGGUUUGACCCGAAAACAUUUUGUGACCUUUGGAGCACCACUUCUCAUUUCCUGUUGUAUCAGUUUGUCCUAACCGGUUCUCCAAAACCUGAUGGAUUUGAGUCAGCUUCUACCUUUUGUGAAGAUUCAGUUUGUGACUUCUGCAUAACAGGCCCUUCAGUUCUCUGUGAGCCUUAACAGAGCCAUUCAACUGCAAUUUCCGCCAUUUACUAGAAGAAAUACAUACAAACAGUGCUGGAAUUUACUGCCUCUCAUUCUGUUAUUGCAAGAGAACUUUGGGAUUGCAUCCAGGGAGUUACAUAUCACCAAAACAAAGACUCGUACACCUGUGAGCGCUCACUCUGAUCAAAUGGCGUCAUAACCACUCAAACACACCCAACAUUGCCAAUUAUUAACCUUUUCCUCUUUUCUCACAGACACACACACAAUAGCAAGCACCCACACAGACAAUCACAUACAAAUCUCUCCUAGUUGGAUUACCAAAGUAGCUCACGAUGGGAAAAUAGACUUCCGGCACCACGGAUAGCCUGCACAGAGGUCUGGGACUCAGUAUUGUUUCUGAGCGUGCCAUGUCUGGUAACGGCAACCACUGUCUAAGCCCUGGAGGGUUGGGCAGCCCUCUUGGGGGCUUCUCCAUGCACCACUACCAUUACUUCUUCCCCCAUAUGUUAGGGGGGCUCUCCCCUCCAGCCCUUCCUGGACUUCCUGUCAGUGGAUACAGCACUCCAUCUCCUGCAACUGUGGAGACCCAGAGCACUAGCUCGGAGGAGAUUGUACCCAGCCCCCCCUCUCCGCCGCCACCUCCACGGGUCUAUAAGCCCUGUUUCGUCUGUCAGGACAAGUCAUCAGGCUACCACUAUGGAGUCAGUGCAUGUGAAGGCUGCAAGGGCUUUUUCCGAAGAAGUAUUCAGAAGAACAUGGUGUACACUUGCCACAGAGAGAAAAGUUGUAUCAUCAACAAAGUCACCCGAAACCGCUGCCAGUACUGCAGACUGCAGAAGUGUCUGGAAGUGGGCAUGUCUAAAGAAUCUGUUCGAAAUGACCGGAACAAGAGGAAGAAGGAUGAGAAGAAGCAGGAGUGUACAGAGAGUUACGUCUUAAGUCCUGAUACAGAGCAGAUGAUUGAACGGGUGAGGAAGGCUCACCAGGAAACCUUCCCCUCCCUCUGCCAGUUGGGCAAAUACACCACGAACAACAGCGCUGAUCACAGGGUCUCCCUGGACGUUGACCUGUGGGACAAGUUCAGUGAACUCUCCACCAAAUGCAUCAUUAAAACGGUGGAGUUCGCCAAGCAGCUGCCUGGCUUCACCACGCUCACUAUCGCAGAUCAGAUCACCUUGUUAAAGGCAGCUUGCCUCGAUAUCCUGAUUCUACGAAUAUGCACACGCUACACACCUGAUCAGGACACCAUGACGUUUUCUGAUGGUCUGACACUGAACCGCACGCAGAUGCACAAUGCUGGCUUCGGUCCACUUACAGAUCUCGUGUUCGCUUUCGCCAACCAGCUCCUGCCUCUGGAGAUGGAUGAUGCAGAGACAGGGCUCCUCAGUGCCAUCUGUCUGCUGUGUGGAGAUCGGCAGGAUCUGGAACAGUCUGAUAAAGUGGAUGUGCUUCAGGAGCCACUGCUGGAGGCACUGAAGAUCUACGUGAGAAAGAGGAGACCUCAUAAACCACACAUGUUCCCCAAGAUGCUGAUGAAGAUCACAGACUUGAGAAGCAUUAGCGCUAAAGGAGCGGAACGAGUCAUAACGCUGAAAAUGGAGAUUCCUGGCUCCAUGCCACCUCUUAUUCAGGAGAUGCUGGAGAACUCAGAGGGUCUGGAGGGUGGUGGUGGGGCGCGAGGUGGAGCCCCACCAGGAAGCUGCAGCCCCAGUUUGUCACCCAGCUCAGCACACAGCAGCCCCUCCACUCACUCCCCUUGACUCUCAUCAUCAGACAGGGCUCCGUGCAGAAUUAAACUGGUUCAAAACCAGAAGCAAGCCACAGAUGACCAGCGCCAGAGACCAGAAUCUGGUAGACUUUGAUCUGGGUUGACCGGGCGUGAACUGAAUUGUCAAUCUGGCCAGCUUUCAUUAGGUGAAGACCAAUUGAGUUCCACACAGGCCGAGCCUGAUCAAAACUCACACUGAUCUGUCAUUAAAAGCACCAGUGAUUCAGUGAUUAAAUGAGCCUCAGACUUGGCCUCAGUGUAAGAGGAGCAGACUGAAGAUGCUGCGAGACCCUGUUUAAGCAGAAGCAGGUCCUUACUGUGUCUUCUGGCUUUGCUCCUGUCACACGAACUGUGAAAGCCAAGUGAACUUUUCUCCUUGUCCGAGGGACACUCUUUCUUGGCCUGGGACGUUUUUUUUAUAAAUGUCAAUCCCUUAAGCAAGCUAAGGACAUAGGACGUCAAAUGUCCAAACGUCAGGGACAUUUUGAACUUUACAACUGUUUUGGUUCUGUUUCUUUGUUUUUUUUUUUUUUUUUUUUUUUUUACAAAAGAUAUAUGAAUAUAUGAAAAUCUAUAUUGACAGAAGUAUGAGAUUUGACUUUUUCAUCUUAGGUGGAAUGCGGAGCAAUUCUCAUAUUUUCUCUCACUUUUCUCAAGAGUCGAAUACAGUUAUGGUCAACCCACUGUUACACUCACUUCAGAAGUUUGUUGUGGUCUUUCUGGAAAUAUUUGUAUUGAGACAAAGACAGAUAGUCCGGUUCACUUCAUGCACAAGGGCAUCAUCACGCUAGCACUGAAAGAGAUAAGAUAAGACACUUUUUUUCAGUGAGGAGAUGAACGAAUGAUUUGAAGAUGUAUUAAAUGCCAUCAGAAUGGUAACUUGGCAGUUUGUGGCUGAGAAAAGAAGGAUCUCAUGUAAACAAACUGCUUAAACUUGUGAUAUAAUGUGUAUGAGAUCGUUUAAAGGGAGCUCCCCCUUCCUUAACAUUUUUAAUAUUGUUUGUUAAUUAACUUUUUUUGUAAUGUCAUCUGUCGAAAGAAAUACGAAAACCCCCUUACACAGUAUUAGCAGAUUAUAAAAUAAAAUGAAAAAUUUCCAGAAAUAGUAAAUCAUAAAGAAUAUGAAACCUGAUUUUAGCUGAAAAUGCCACAAAUAAAACCUACUCGUCAUUUCAAAAGUAUUAAAAACUAUUUAACUAUUGAGCAUUUCACACCGAAACACCAUGCAGUUUCAUGCUUUUUCCUACACCUGAAAAAUUAUUUGAAGAUUUACACAUUUUAACUUCAUAACAAAAUUCCAUGAAAUUGAAUUGAUUAAACUUUAACAAAUAAAAUGUAAAAAAAAAAAAAAAAAUUAAAAUGACAUUUUAUUCAAUUUUGUUAAAAAUGACACAAUUUAAUUUGAUGGAAUUUUAUGAAAAUAAAUCUAAAAGUGUUUUUAAUGGUAGAUUUGUGUUAAUUAUCAUCUCUACCACAUUUUAGCUGUUGCGUGCACCCUGAGAUACUUCCACCUUGCCACAUUUUUCUUAUCUGAACCUCACAACAUCACUGCCUCUGCUCUCCUGCAACAAUCAUUGUACAGUUGUCGACAACAACAACACUGCCUCUGUGUGACAAUCACUUUAAGUCAAGCUCACAAACAAUUCUGCCUUUGUAACAAACACUGAUCCCUGCCAGACAUCUUGAUUGGAGCUAGUAGCUAGCAUUCAUUGACUGUUGAUAGACUUCCACAUACACACUACGGUUCCCAAUCUCUGGAACUGUAAUAAGUCGCAAAACAUUAAACAAGGACUAUAUUUGCUACUUGCAUCUUUCCUAACCACAAGCACUCACUUGUUGACUGAAGGGUUUGAGAUUAUGGUGUCUUUGUGUGAUAAUUAAAUCUCUAAAAUAUCACAGCUACAAUUAUUUUAUGGUUUUGAAUAUAUUUAGCUCUGUCUGAUUUUUCAUUUUCAUUUCAGGUUGCAACAAUGUACCAACAUAAACUCGAUUGAUUGCCAAAAAUGAAUCAAGUACUCAGGGGUUCCUCAGUGCUUAUGCAACAAUCAUUAUAAAAAAUAUAUAUAUAGCAAAUAUGAACCAGUUAAAUUAAUGCAAAUUUCUCCAUCAAAGUUAAAAGGAUUGUUCACCUCAAAAAUGAAAAUUCAUAAUUUGUCAUUUACUCACCUUCAUGUUGACCCAAACCUGUAUGACAUUCUUUCUACAGCCUCAGUGACUGUUCUCUAAAGUCAUACAGGUUUGGAGCAACAUGAGGGAGAGUAAAUGUUAACACAAUUUCCAUUUUUGGGUGAACUAUUCCUUUAAUAGUAUUCCUACAUUUGUUUGUUCAUUGUAGAGAGAAAAAAAUAAAUCAGUAUUUGUGUCCAAUCCGAUUCUGGCAGAUCAGUGUCAGCAUAUCAUUAUAUUGUUGCAGUUUACAACCGCUCUGCCUCUGCAGUACGUCUGCUGAGCCAGUCGCCAUGAACCUUUGAGCAGUGUGAUGACUUCUUUAACACAUUUUUCACAGAGCGGAGUGUGAACUGUUAUCUACAGUACGUUUCACAGCAACUAUGCACAUGACAUGCACAGAGCUUGAGUCUGUUCACUUCUAUCUAUCUGUUCUGAAGAUCACAUGCCUCUUCCUGUAUUUCAGCUCAUCAGUUUGGUUUGAUUGUAUAUUUAGGCUGGUUUCUGCAUUCGUCACUGCCCAAAGGUUCAUUGCUAUUGAGCCAUAAUGUGUCACACACCUCAAUGGGCCUAUUUUCUCACUUAAAGGAUGAAAAGCAUCGAGGUCUGCACAACGUACAGCACAAACUCUGUACUGCUUUAACAUAUGUUAUACAGUCAAACGCACAACAUUUUUUUCAGUUGUCAGGUCUCUGGAUGAUAAGAGUAAUGUUUAAUAAAGACUUCUGUUUUGUGUGUGUUUUCGACCAUGUGGAUGUGGUUUUUAUCAUUAUCUUUAUCCAACAGUGAAUUUCAGAGCUACUGCUUCCUUAUAUCUUUAUCUAUUACAUUUUUUUAAACACAUUCUUGAGGUGUAAAUCCCACAUUAACAUUGUUUGCACAUUCAGAUGUGGCAUUCUCAUAGAUAGACAGUGUGACCUUUUUCUCACGUGUCUCGCUGGAUUAUGUUUGUGUAUAGCUCUUUUGAGCUCUACUUAUUUGAGUUUUAUUAUGUGAUAUAUGCAUUUCAUAUUUUGUUUCAAAACAUGCCAUUACAAAUAACAUCUCAAUUCUAACUCUUUAUAGCCACAAAUUAUAUAUUUGGAAGGAAUACAUACUCUCUUUGAUCAGAUCAGAUUUGUGUAUUUGGUUAGGGAAAAGCUUGUGCUCAUGACAGCUUGUUAGAAAGAAAAAAGCUAUAUGAAUUUCUUAUUAUAAAUAACAUUAUACUGAAGUCAGAGGAUUGCCAAGGGAAUAUAUAUAUAAAAAAUACUGUAUAUAAUUUAUUUUAUUUGUUGGAAGCUUCUUAAUACAGGUACAUAUGCUUUGCAAAUAGUAUGAUGCUCUUUAACUCUUCAGCUGCUCUGGAUUAGACAUCCAGUGGUAGGCUGAGUUCAAGAGUAACAAGGGUGAUGGCUGGGAUUUUCCUCUUUUCAGUUCCAGCCAACACUUACCAAAAAAAAAAAAAAAAAAAAGACAA